CACCCACCACCACUACCGCCGCGAGAGCCUGGUUGGAUGGGAUGUACGGUGAAUCUCGGGUGCUGUGAGGGAACCCCUCGCCCCCCGCAGUCUUUGGCGCCCCCCAGGCGGGAAGAGCAAGCCCCAAAGCAGCCGGGCAAAAGGAAGAGGAAACAGCUGCCGAAGCCUCAGGAUCUGGAAGCGUCCACAUCCCACACUUUCAAAGUGAAGAGUUUCAAGAAAGUAAAACCAUGUGGGAUAUGUCGUCAGGCGAUUACCCGGGAAGGUAGUACCUGCCGAGGUUGCAAGCUAUCCUGUCACAAGAAAUGUGAAGCCAAGGCUGCCACACCUUGCAUGCCUGCUGGCAAUCAUGAGCUGCCAUCCACUGAAGAGAGCCCUGCAAAGCAUGUAGAUACUCCGGUGUUUUCAAGAUCCCCUCAAAUUAUGCAGGCACAACGUAAACCUUCAAGGAACUUGAGCCUAAACCAGGCCAUGGAAGACACUUGUGAACUAGACCUGGUAUAUGUCACAGAGCGGAUAAUUGCUGUCAACUUUGCAAGUUUGUCGGAAGAACAAACCUUCUGCAGCAACCUGAAGGAGGUGGCUCAAAUGCUUAAAUCCAAGCAUGGGGACAGUUACUUGCUUCUUAAUCUGUCAGAGAGGAGGCAUGACAUCAGCAAGCUGCAUUCCAAGAUCUUGGAUUUUGGGUGGCCUGACUUGCACACCCCUGCCCUGGAGAAGAUAUGCAGCAUCUGCAAGGCCAUGGACACGUGGCUCAAUGCUGAUCCACACAAUGUGGUAGUGCUACAUAAUAAGGGGAAUAGAGGUCGAACAGGGGUUGUUAUUGCUGCUUACAUGCACUAUAGCAAUAUUUCAGCCAGUGCAGAUCAGGCUCUGGACCGGUUUGCCAUGAAGAGGUUUUACGAGGACAAGGUGAUCCCAGCUGGGCAGCCAUCUCAGAAGAGAUAUGUCAAUUACUUCAGUGGUCUGCUGUCUGGCACCAUCAAAAUGAACAACAAGCCCCUCUUCUUGCAUCACGUCAUCAUGCAUGGAAUACCCAACUUUGAAUCUAAAGGAGGCUGCCGGCCCUUCCUCAAGAUAUACCAGGCAAUGCAACCGGUCUACACAUCAGGAAUCUACAAUGUGCAGGGAGACAGCCAGACGAGCAUCUGUAUCACCAUAGAACCAGGACUCCUCUUAAAGGGAGAUAUUUUGCUGAAAUGCUAUCACAAGGAAUUCCGUAGCCCGACGCGGGAUGUAAUCUUCCGGGUGCAGUUCCAUACCUGUGCCAUUCAUGAUCUGGCUAUUGUCUUCAAUAAAGAGGACCUGGAUGAUGCCUUUAAAGAUGAGCGAUUUCCUGAGUAUGGGAAGGUGGAAUUUGUAUUCUCCUACGGUCCCGAGAAGAUUCAAGGCAUGGAACAUUUAGAGAAUGGCCCAAGCGUCUCAGUGGACUACAACACAUCAGAUCCGCUCAUCCGCAGGGAUUCCUAUGAAAACUUCAAUAUACACCGUGAAGACAGCAUGGACGAAGUUGGGCACACCCAAGGACCCCUGGAUGGAAGCCUAUAUGCCAAGGUGAAAAAGAAAGACUCCCUUCACGGCAGCACUGGCACUGUCAACCCCAACCGGCUUGCCCUCUCUGCUGCCCCCAACCACAUUGAGCACACGCUGUCGGUCAGCAGUGAUUCAGGGAACUCAACUGCUUCCACCAAGACAGAUAAGACCGAUGAGCAGGCAGCACCUUCGGUUCCCAGCAGCAGUGGAGGAAACAACCCUAUUUUGACCCCCGAAGAAAAGCGGGAGCUUGAGAGCUUGCUCAGUGGAUUUGGUUUGGAAAACGAAGCCACCAUGCACAACCACAGCCCCAGUGAGAUUACAGCAGCUGUUUCUGCUUCACCGGGCCGCCAUAUCAUACCAGCUCAGAUUCAUGUCAAUGGGGAAGCUGCUGGCUUAGUGGCUGAGAGGGAAACUGACAUUUUGGAUGAUGAGUUGCCCAACCAGGAUGGACACAGUGUGGGUAGCUUAGGCACCCUCUCCUCUUUCGAUGGCACCACCAACACCAGUGACAUUGGCUAUCAUGAGGCUCCCCGGAUGGAGAGCCUCAAUUCUUUACCCAACGGUUCAUCCAAUUUCAAUGGCUUAGACAAGCUGCAUGAUUCGGAGAUGGUUAUCAACGGUGGUUAUCCCUACAACAACCAGAAUGCCUUGCGGAACAUUAUGGGACGUCACCCUCAUGAUCCUUAUGCGCACAUCAGGCCCUCAGUGUCUGCCCAAGAAAAUUUGGCGGAUUAUCACCAGCAUGGUUUCCCCACUCCUGGCUGGUUACAACCCCAGCCACCAGCUUCCAGCCGGCAAUAUCCCUAUGGCUGCGACUCCAAUAGCAUAUAUCGCUCCCAGUCCUUCCCCACAGCUACUGUUGAAAUCUCCCAGCUUCCUCAAGCACCAGCCCGCAGCACAAGUAGUCGAGACGCUGUCCAGAGGGGGCUUAACUCUUGGCAGCAACAAGGGGGAGGUAGCAGACCACCGUCACGUCAACAGGAUGGUGCCCGAGACAGCCAUAGUUCCAGCCUUGCUAGUGCAAGCCCCCAAUCCAGCCCUUCACAAGCAGCACCCCCUCAAAGCAUAAGCAUCCCCGAAUUCCCUAGUAUUGCCUCCCAGAAGGAAAUAGAACAAUCCAUUGAAGCUCUCAAUAUGCUCAUGCAUGACCUGGAUCCUUCUGUCUCCGUGAUGCCUAAAUCCCAGAGUGUUCCGUUGGCUACCAGAGAAGACAGGCCACACCCAGUAGCUCUUUCAAUGUCUGCCCAACCUGUGAUGGGACCUCAUGUGGUGCAACCAAAGGCUACCAAUGCUUUUGGCUUGAUUCCAGGAAGCCCUUCACAAAACUCCCUUGGCUCCAGUGUGCCCCAGAUGGUUGAACCCGUACCUAAAGCUCAUCCUAUGAAGCUAUUGCUCAACAGUGUUGGAGAACUGGAAUAUCCAGCACAAGAUUUCAGAGAGGCCUAUUCUCCCUAUGGCUAUCAGAACCAACAGCCAACUGUAAUACAAGGAAAGAGCCUUGGGCAGAUGGCAGGAAGCCCGCCCACAUCUCCCAGGCCUCAUGCAACAGCAUGCAAGGUCAUGGAAGGGCAGCAUCCUCUGCUGACAUCACCUCCUUCAUCCACAACAGCAGUCCAACCCCAGGUGCCCUUAAAUGAGGCUGAGCAUCACGGGGAAGCCUCUCAGGCUUCAGUUGAAGAGCCUUUGCAUCUUGAAGGUCUGGUGGCUCACAGAAUAGCAGGAUACUUGGCCCUUCUGAAUCCACCCAGCUCUGUCCCUACAGGAGUGCAGCUGCUGCAGGAGAAGUCACCAGAGGAAGGUGAAGCCCUUGUCCGGAGACGCACUACCAGUGAGGGUCAAUACGAGAACAGUCCCCAGGAACCCAGUUCACCACGAAGCCCGACCGUCCGAUCACCAAUUCACUGUGUCUCACCAGAGGUGGUCAGCACCAUUGCUGCCAAUCCUGGAGGAAGACCUAAGGAGCCCCAUCUUCAUAGCUACAAAGAAGCUUUGGAGGAGAUACAGGGCACCUCUCCAAGCAGUCCACCUUCCAGUGGUGGUGAGACUUCUCCCCCAACCCCUGCCUUCCCUGUCUCACCACAAACCCCUUACAGCAACCUGUUGCGCUCUCCACCAGGACUGGCUAAAACUCCACUUUCAGCACUGGGGCUGAAACCUCAUAAUCCAGCAGAGAUUUUUUUGCAUCAGACAGGAGAACCCCGGAGCUAUGUGGAAUCUGUGGCUCGUACAGCAGCAGCAACAGGCAGUAGUGGUGGGAGUGGAAGCAGCAUUGUUGGGAAGCCUCAGCCAUCUUUGGCUUCAGAGACCUACAGCACUGAGACACCUAUAAAGAAUGAGUCCCUCAGCAACUCCUUCACCUUGCCUAGCCCAGCUUCUGCCAGCAGCCCCAUACAUAGCAUGGAUGGGAUCUCUAUUGGUAGUUACCCAUCAGAAAACAGUGCCAGCAUAGCCAUUUCCUCCCAUCCAUCUGCCGAGUCCAGCUUCCAAUCCACUAAUCUUUCUCAGGGUCCUUCAGCACACAGCAGUUACCAAAAUACAUCUACAUCAACUCAGGGCCUGCCGGUCUCUAUGAAUGCCGACUUCCCUGAUGGCCGAACCAGCGCUCAGCAAGAUAACCAUUCAAGGCCUCAAGCCCAAAUCAUUGCAUCUGGGGUCCAAGUCAUGCCUGGAAGCCCACACGCCCUUCAUAGAACAGUAGCUACCAAUACUCCCCCUAGCCCAGGUUUCGGGCGAAGAACUGUUAGCACAAAUAUGGUGGCCAUUCCAGGAAGCCCAAGCAUGAACAGGCACUUAAUGGGUCCCCAUAGCACUGUUGUUUCAUCACCUGGGAGUCCAAGCCAUGCUCGUCACCAGCCCUUAGCAGGGGGUAGCACAGCCAUGAUUUCUGGGAGUCCCAGUCUGGACCGACACAUGAUAUGUGGGUGCUCAACUCCAGAGGAAAAGCAACAAACACUGUCUCGCCAGAGCAGUGCUUCAGGUUAUCAAGCUCCCUCUACCCCAUUAUUUCCUGUCUCCCCCGCAUACUAUCAUGGAAUUAGCCCACAUUCCUCUUCCCCUGACUCGGCAGUAUACAGACAGGGCAGCCCCACCCCACCCCAACAAUUGCUCCCUGAGAAAAGAAGGAUGUCGUCGGGGGAUCGAUCCAACAGCCUGCCCAACUAUGCUACAGUGAAUGGCAAGACUUCAUCACCCAUUUCCAGUGGCAUGUGCAGUCCCAGCAGUGGGAGCAGUAUGGCCUUUCAUCACACUCUGCCAGAUUUUUCCAAAUUUUCAAUGCCAGACAGCAGUCCUGAAACAAGAGCAAGUGUAAAGUUCGUCCAGGAUACCUCGAAAUACUGGUACAAGCCAGAGAUCUCCAGAGAACAAGCCAUUGCAUUGCUAAAAGACAAGGAACCGGGGGCCUUCAUCAUUCGAGACAGUCACUCUUUCCGGGGAGCCUAUGGACUGGCCAUGAAAGUAGCUUCACCACCUCCAGGUGUUAUACAGCAGAGCAAGAAAGGAGAUAUCACCAAUGAGCUGGUAAGACACUUCCUGAUAGAAACCAGCCCUAAAGGUGUGAAACUAAAAGGAUGUCCCAAUGAACCCAAUUUUGGUUGCCUCUCUGCUCUGGUGUAUCAGCACUCAAUCAUGCCUCUGGCAUUGCCUUGUAAGCUGGUCAUUCCUGACAGAGAUCCUAUGGACGAAACAAAAGAAACAACAUCAUCCAGCAGCUCAGCAACUGAUUUGCUCAAACAGGGAGCAGCCUGCAACGUGCUGUUUAUAAACUCGGUGGAAAUGGAAUCAUUAACAGGCCCUCAGGCCAUCGCCAAAGCAAUCACUGAGACAUUGGCUGCUGACAUCCCUCCCUCUGCCACUAUUGUCCACUUCAAAGUCUCCACACAAGGCAUCACCCUGACAGACAACCAGAGAAAACUGUUCUUCAGACGACAUUACCCUAUCGUUACUGUCACCUUCUGUGAUGUGGACCCACAGAACAGAAAGUGGACUAAAUCAGAAUCUGGUGGUGCUGCCAAACUCUUUGGCUUCGUGGCUAGGAAGCAAGGCAGUACGACAGACAACAUUUGCCACCUCUUUGCUGAGUUGGACCCAGAUCAGCCAGCGGCUGCCAUUGUCAAUUUUGUUUCCAGAGUUAUGCUUGGCUCCUCUCACAAGAGAUGAACUGUGGCUUCCCCCUUUGCAGGGGGCUUCUUGCCCUUGAAUUUUGACGAAGGACUUGGAGUUGUUCCGAGAAGUAGCGUGAGGAAGUGCAUCGUGAAGGAAUGAUGUGAACUGAUGGGGUGGGAAGGGGAAGGUUUAUAUAUAUAUAUAUAUAUAUAUAUAUAAAGCGAUUUGAAUUGUUGGAAGGCUGAAACCAGCCAAACACAUGUAUGUAGCAGAAACCAAGGAACUGACACCAUUGUCUUUCCCUGCCAAGAUCAAGAGUUGGAAACAAUUUUGGCUUUUGGAUCAGCACAAAAAUCAGAGAAUUCAGCCCUACAGGCCAAAGUAUGACUCUUAAUAAUCUUUGUGGGAUAGGUCUAUCUAGUAGUUGCUUGUUUAGAAAAUAAGGCAAAAACGAAACCGACUCAAAUACCCAUGACUAUAUGAGCUUCAGGAAAUAAUAUCCAGAGAGAUGCUAAAAUUAUUUUUUAAAGCAAAUGCUCCCAGUUCAACUACUGCUGAAAGUAUGAAGUAUGUCUGUAUGAGUGUGUGUGCACAUGCAUGUGGUCUGUCUGUGAUAUGCACAUAUUUCAGUAUUUAACGUGAGGCUUUACUGUGAGGCUUCUUGCCUCUGAUGGCGAUUUAGAACAUGUAUCUCAUUCCCCUGAGGUCACAGGCCUCCAUAACCUGGGGAAAACAACAACAACAACUGUUAGCAGUACAGGAUUUACAGUGCAAGCAGAAAGUAUUUAUUUUAAUCAGUAGUCACACUCAUUCCCACAUGCAUGUGCACCUACCAAUCUGUACAAAAGAGUUUUAGAGCUGAGAAUCUCUUUUUCAGUAAUACUUUUUCAGUGGAGCAUGCUCGCCAAAGCAAAAUACGCUAGUAUCUGUCAGAGUCUGUGCAAUGGGACUCAGAAUAAAUUGUCCUAAGACUCUUUCCCGGAAAUGUUAAAACGCCAGGAGCUGGGGAAUGUCCUUCCUUUUGAGUUUCGGAUAAAGACAGUUCUGCCCAAGCUUAUCCUUUGGGAGACAUACACGUUGUUUUGGAAGUUGCAUGGAAAAUAGAGCAAAGGCAAGAUGAAUAAUCCAAUAAUUGGAGGGGGGGGGAUUCUGUUUUGAAGCCAUUAAGAAUAACCAUUAUAAAGACUUAUUUUGUUGAUUUAAGCAUGGCCCUAGCUGUUUCAAAAAGACAGCGUCCAUAUGGAGGUUCAGUAUGUAGCAAAAUUAAUUCAUUAUUUUUGCAUUAUUAAGCUUUAUUUUUUUUGCUUCUGGAGAAAUCAAACAGUAGAUUUUUUGCACUGACCUGCUAAUAAAGUUAUGCUAGAUCGACAUUUAGUAUAAAAAGGGAGAUUCUUCCUCUAUGUUGCAUAUCAUUUCAUGCAAAGCAACUUCAUAUCCUUUCCAGAGUAAAUGAGAAAAUGUAGCAGUUGCAGAAAAAUUGUACCUUCUUAUAUUUAACAUCAUGGUUGAAUCCUUCUACUAGAAUAAUUUUUGGAAUUUCUAAUGGAGGCCACACAUUUACAAUGUGUAAACUAUUCAUGUUUGGUAUCUAUCAAGGAGACAGUGAAUAAUGUGGAUUGAUCUAUUAUAUAUAAUUACGGUAGUGUAAUGAGAAUUUCUCACUAUCUUCCCAAACUUCUACAAUUGGCAAUUUUUAGGCUUAAAGAUGUGCUGAAUGGAUAAAAAGAUGUUCUUUUCUAUCAUCCAUUCUGCCUAUGGGUUUAUUGUGAAUUUUUCAAUAUUAGUCUAGAUUCAAGAAAGCCACUGUUGUUUUGCUAUAUAUCAACUGAUCCUGUACAAGCUGGUUCAAAAACCACAUGCAUAGUAAUAAUAUAAAAAAUUCUACCCCAUGCCUUGUUAAUAAGUCAAACCUAUAAAAUAUUUUUCACUGCUACUGAAAUGGCAGGUGCCAUUGUUGUCCAAAAUGCUAUAUAGCAAGGUGGACUAAGUCUUAGCAGGUCUCUAACACCACCGAUGUCCUCCAACACAAUUCAGUGGCCUCCACUAGAAACCAUGAAUGGAAGUUGGUCUCUCCAUCAAUUUUGUUCUGACACAACAAAUAGGUCAUGAAAUAGUGAGGAGCAGAAAGAUUUUUAGGAUGGAGGCCAUGUUGAUGAGGCCCUUCAUACAAACGCAUGCAGUAUUCAUUAAAAAUCAGUGCGACAACUUGUGAGACGUGCAGUCUCCUAAAUUUCCCCGGCAUUUUCAUUGCCUUCUUAUAUAAUAUAUAUAUAUGUAUGUAUGUAUGUAAGUAUGUAUGAAAUAUACUGACAAAAUAAUGUAAGCUAAUCAAUAAUUUUUUUAAAAAAAAAAUGAAAUUUACACAAAAUAUUUAUUUUUUUUUUGUUUUUGGCCCUGUUGCUUAUAUUUUUCAUCUUUGAUUUUUGCAGCUCCCUUCAUUUCUCCUACCCUAUAGAAUAUUCUCUGGGUGAUUAACUUGUCACUUCCAGAUGCACUGGGAUUCCCCCCGCCCCCCCACUAAAAUUCUGGGAGCCUUAGUCCUAAUAUAUCUGAAAAAUACCAGGUCUGGGGAGUGGUGACAGUAUAAAGCUUUCCUUUUGUUAACGUGACCCAAGUGUCAAAACACGAGGUCAAUUCCAUCUCCUGAAUGCUGUAAAAGCAGCAGCUUCUAAUUGUAUGCCCCAGGGCAAUGUCAUUAUACAAUGUUUCUCAUUCUCCCCCCCUCCCUGACCCCAUUGUUCAUCCUCUGCCUGAGCAAAUGAGCACGAAUGCAUUUAUACUUUAUUGCUGAAUGAGGUGAGGAAUAACGGUGCGCGUAUGUGUGAAAGUGUGCGAAGAGAGAUUCAUUCCUGGAUAUUGUUGUAUAAAGCAUGAGUUUUGCAACUAAGAAUUGUUGAGACAGGUACUUGGAUGGAGUGGGAACAUCAGUUUUUUGGCAUCCUCACCCAGGCUCCAAGCCCCAUCCAUAGCCAGAUGGGAUGCUUGAGAGUGCGAGAUUUAUUCUUUUAUGUUUGUUUUAAAUGUCUCUCUCCUUCCGAAAAAUUCAAGCAAGAUGAUUUCCUCCUCCCCCUCCGCCUCACCUGCAACUGUCUCACCCCGCCAUUAACCAAUUAGAAAAAGACUGCGUCUAUAUAGAUAUAUAAAUAUUAUAAAUAUAUAUAUUUUUUGAAAGUCUCUAUUUUUCAGAUUUCAUUCCCCCCCCCCCACUGCUUUCAAAAUUGUCCCCGUACUCAGUGCUUGCUACCUUGUCACAGGAAAAGUAUAUUGAAAGUUAAUGGUUCAUGCCUUUUUUGACACUCAGAUGAAAGUUAACUUGAUAUAAGUAUCCAGUAGUCACAUAUCAGUAAAUACAUUGGUAGGCACAUGCAUGUGAACAAGAUAUCUGCUUCCAGCCAUUGCCUUGCGCACUGUCCCUGUACUAACUCACGAGCUACUAAAGAUGGAACGUUUAAGAUCCCUCUCUUUUUAGCCUACUCGCUGAGGCAAAGCCUAAUCACAUUAUAUAGCUUGUUGCUUGCCCAGCUUGUAUCAAGACAGUGCUGCGUUUUAGGAAUAAACUUGUAUUUAUGUAGAUCACCUUCCCUGUCCUUCUCUCAGCCUAAAUGUAUUUGAGGCAAAAUACCCAAAAGGACAGUUUCUAGAACUAAUGGGAAAUUUGACUCACCUCUAAACCCUACAAUCUUUUUGCGUAUGUUGGUUGGGUCAGAAAAUGAUGACUUUUAAUAAACUUUCCUCAAGUGACAUGUUGGGCUACUCCAGUUAUGUGUGAGGAUGUAGACCAAAGACUAAAAACUCAACCCUGAUCCAUCACGAUGGACUGUUGAUCCAGCUAUGCCAGAAAGGAUUGUCUUGGAUAUAUAAGAACUCUAAAGGGAAAGUAGUUUUCUUUCUAUUGCCACAACUUUGGCAAUACCAUCCUGUUUUAUCUUCUUCCUUUUCUAGAAUCUCUUAACAGAAGGUUGUUUGGUUAAGCCACCUUCCAUUAACCUGAUAUCCUCUCAAUGGGACUACAAGUCCCAGAAUUUCCAAUUAGCAUGUGGGUAGGAGUUCUAAGAGUGCCCAUACCACGCUAUCUAGAGAGCAGCCAAUUGAGAAAGGCUGGUCUAAUUCAUGUGCCUUAUUCACUGGUUCAUCUAGUGAUUUGCUCCAGAUGUGAGUAAAUGACUAGCUAUAUCAAUCUUCUUCUUCUUCUUUUUUUGGACUUAAUCACAAAUCCAACUUCAUCAGUGGCACAAAGAAACUUUUGUGAUGCAGGGCAGACAACCUCUGGUCCAUGCUCAUUUACUUUGACUUUUUUGAGCUUCAAACCCUGAGAGAGAUGUUGGUUUGUUUCUGAGAUUUUAGGGAUACCAGCAAGCAGGCUUUUCUCUGGAAAAAAAAACCCUCCACUUCACAUCCAAUACCUGGGUCUCAGGUCUAAUGUAAUUUUAGCACAUGUAUGUUAUGUAAUGAUUUAGAAGAUGUUGGAUUUUAUACAUAAUGCACUCAAAGCACCCUCUGCGCACAGAGUAUUACAUAAUCUUGCCAAAGAAACCUAUUUGAAAUGCACUUUUCUUCGUUGUACAUUUAUUCUGUGUGGCUCUGCCCUUUUCCCCAUUUUUAAAACUUUUUGUUUUUAAAACUGUGUUUGCUAGUGAAUUUUCUCUAGCAAUUUCUGAAAUUCUGUCUUAGAAUAAUUGGGUAAUUUAGCUAAUUGUAUAUGUAGCUUGAUAUUUAAAGAAAGUUCUUGAGCAGUAAAACAGCCAAAUUAUAUUGCUUUUGUGAGAGAGAGCAGGAGGAAAGCCAUUAUAAACUCACCGACCUUAAAUUUCAACAUUUCUUCCCUCUGAGCUAUUGUAUGAAACUCUCACAGUUUAAAUCUCAUGUCUAAAAGUAGCUAUUUUCUAAAUUUCCUUCUCAGCAGCAUUAAUAAAUAAUAUCUGUCAAAUAAAUAACAUUUAAGCAGACCUAGGCUUAUUUAUAACAAAUAAAAGCAUCUUCGCUAAACUGGGACAGAACAUUAGCACACAGAAGAAUGCUAAGGAGCCUGCCUCUUCUCAGUUUCCCCUCUUGCCACUAAGUCCUCUUGUUGUCCUUAGAUGUAUCCUCAGUGUCAACAUGGAAGGAAAACAACUUCCUGAUUUGUCAAUAUAGAUCAAAGAAGCCACCAUCUUGUCCUUUCUCAUUAGCAGCAAAUUGGCUUGGAUUAGUGUAAUGUUAGAGUCAAGAAUGUGCCUUUUUUAUCCUAACGGAGCUGGCAGGCAUUGGCAAAUAUAUAUUUAUCUUCUUCUUUUAUAGAGGUUAUUUGACACGCAGCUCAAUAUAGACAUCAGUUCUUUAUAAUACAGAGGUUGGCAUACCAGGCUGUUUUUUUCAUAUCAUGGUUCACUGAUUGUCCUUAGUUAUGAGGCAGACAUUGGCCCAAAUGAUUAAAAAACAACAACAGCCACAUUGGACCAAUAGCCCAACAGGCAACUUAUAUAUCUGUUUCCAUCUGCAGUUAAAGUGAAUGCACUGAAAAAACAAAUGGGAAGAGGAAACAGGGCUGAGUUACAUCUUCAGACAAUAAUUAGUUUGAAUAGUUCAUAAAAGGUUGAUUUGAAACAGGCUCUUUUCAAGUUAUUUUUGUGCUGUGUAUUUAAGAAAUAUUUGGCAAAAGAGCAAGCUGGUGAUAAGAUGUAUCCUGCUAAAUUUCAGGGCAAAUGUUACACUGACUUCAUGGAAUAUCUAUGUAAGGCGUACUGAAAAUCUGAAAUACUAGCUUUUGAUCUGUUGCCCUCUGCCAUUUUUCACUAUUAAAAGCAAGACUAUCUCUUCGCUAACAUGAUUAAGGACCAGUGCUGGACUUUUCUUCUAUGCAUUAAAUGAAGUGAUUUAAACAAAUAAACACACAAUUAUAUUAUCAA